ACUCCAUACCAGCUGGUGGCGGUAAUACACCAACACGCUAACCGUCAAUAAACACAACGAAGAAGAAAGGUGACCAGCAGGUGGUGCACGGCGCCGGGGACUGUGCUGGAGACCAUACCCAGCAGUAGCAGAAGAAGACAUCAGCAGCACAGAGUGUUCAGGCAACAGAACCAGACCGGUCCAGCAUGUCGGCGUUGUUAAGACCCCUGAGGAGCUUCCUCUUCGCAGAACAUCACAGCUUGACCCGGUUCUGCUCCAGCUUUGUGUCCCGAAUGAGGUACAUCAACAGGCUGAAGGAGAACGAUGCAGCAUGUGUUUCAGCGCUGCAGAGUGGGAGCAUUCUUCUGUUUCAUCGUCUCAUUCCGCUGCUGCAGUGCAGUGACCCGGGAACAUUUAGACCCAUUGCUCUCAGCUACUCAGAAGUCCAGUCAGUCCUGCAGAGAGCUGGUGCUGAUGGAUCCUUGCUAAAGGAGUCAGUUCUGAUUGGCUGUUCUGAGCAGAACCAAGCUCAGUUCUGUCUGGAUGUGGGAGAACUGGAUCCGGCAGCAGUAGCAGAGGAAUGUAAGGGAACGUUCAUGGAGCUCAGGAAAGCUUUUUUUCUCCUGGCAGGAGCCGAGGCUCCUCUGGUAGCCAAGGCCCAGGCUUUGCUGCGAUGGCACCAAAUAAACAAGUUCUGUGGUGCUACAGGCCAGCUGACCCAACGGAACCAGGCUGGCAGCCACAGGGUCUGCAGCAGCAGCUCUAAUGUCUACUACCCAAAGAUGUCUCCAGUGGUGAUCGUCCUGGUGUCUGAUGGGAAACGGUGUUUGUUGGGCCGUCAGGCGUCCUUCCCUCGUGGAUUGUACAGCGCUCUUGCUGGCUUCUGCGACAUGGGGGAGACCCUGGAAGAGGCUCUGCGCAGGGAGGUAGCAGAAGAGGUUGGUCUGGAGGUGCAGAACAUUAUCUACAGCUCCUCCCAGCACUGGCCGUUCCCUCACAGCUCCUUCAUGCUGGCCUGCCAUGCCACUGUUAGCCCCGCCCACUCUCAGCUCGAUAUAGACCAUUUGGAGCUGGAGGAUGCGCGCUGGUUCACUGAGGAGGAGAUCACCUGCGCUCUGCAGGUAAAGGCUCCACCCAGGAGAGAUCAAGCGCCCACUGUCUGGCUGCCUCCCAAACAUGCUGUUGCCCACCGCCUCAUAACGGAGUGGAGGGAUCAACAACGACGCAGCGAGGGCUCAGACUGAUGUCUGAAUGCACCGUGGAA